GGUUGGUCAUCUUUAAUAGUACCUCGUCGGUGCCUAACCUGACGUCGUUGAUGUAUCGUGUAAUAUAAAUAGUGGAGCGCCUUUUAAUUUCGUUAUUUAUUGUCAUUCCGAUGUUUCGCAAAUAAAUAUUUAAUUGUCAUUUUUAUGGAAAUGACUCAUUUUAUGACGUAGUAUUGUAUGUAGUAUAUAUAUAUACACACAUACACAAUUUCAUUCUUGGAAUUCUAUUCUGUGGACAUUGCUCGAUAUAGUUGGCAUUGACUCUUUUGCUAGCUUGAAAGUUUUUAACAAACAGAUUUCGUGAAGAUUAAACCCUCGUGGUUUCUAUUUGUGAAGUCGUGAAAUAUAAAAAUCAUCGUUUAAUAUGCGUUGUGCAACCUUUCUGUACAACAAGAAAUUUUGGAACAUGAUUCUGAGACGUGGGAAAUAAAUUAGAAAUUUUAUUAGUUCAAAUUUCCUUGUUUGAGCAGACAAGUCCUUUGUUGCAUGAGAUUAUAUGAGGCGGAUAAAAUGAUGCAUUGCGGGCCAUGGAGUCAAUAUCAAGCAAUAUUGAAUAAUCAUCAAUGUUAUGCGGCAUACGUUGAGACGAUGCCAUCCUAUCGUGAUCACGAACGUCAUCAAUUAAUCGAAGAGGAAAACGAACAGGCCGGUGACGAGACGCACGACACAAUGACACCUGCUACUUCUGGAGAACGUAGUUCUAGCGCAGAUCUAUUUAGAUUAGAAUUUGCAGCUGCUCAAUGGUCUAAGUUGGUCUCUAAUGCGGAAGGUCUAUUUACAAAACUCAUGACUAAUAAUAUCUUGCCACAUACCGAACAAGAUCAAAUUGAGCAAUGGUUGUGCAUGAAACAAGAGUACGAGGAAUGUAUAGCUAGCGAUGAGACCACUAGUUUGCAAGGAUAUGCAGAGAAUACAAGGAGAUCAUUGGAAUGUAUUGAGGAAGUAACAGAAACUGAUGAAAAAACGGAUGAAUCUGCAAAUCAAGUAAAACUUAAGCUUAAUUCCAAUUGUACCUCCAGUUCGGAGAGCGAACUAUCCGAAGCCGAUGAGGACGAAGAUGAAGACGACGAAGAGGAUCAAAGUGAUGCGAGCUCAGAAAGUCCAGAUUUUCUAGAGAAGCUGGAUGAGUUUAUGAACAAGUUUAAAAUAGAAACAGAUAUAAUUGUCGGUUCUAAAAAGGACGAUUUCAGAGAAACAAAUAUCGGGCUUAUAUCUCCUCCAGUGACAAGAUCCGUGAAUAAUAAUUAUGUACCAGUAGCUCAUCCUAUACCAUUAAGGAAUCCAAAUUCUAGGAGAAAUUCUAUGCUUCCUGGUUCUGAUAUGUGUAAUGAGGUAUUAGUCUUCAACGACAGUUUAAAACCUUGUCCCAAUCAAAUUCUAGGAAACCAUAUGUCAGAAUAUACUAAACCAUGUGUGUUAGAUAAUCGUGAAUCGGAAAUUAACAUUAAUGAUAAUGCCAUUAAUGAAAAUUUUCUUGCAAUACAAAAUGACAAUUCACCAGAUUUGUUACUUGAUGCUCUCAAGACCACAGAGAUACCUGAACCUAUUAAGGAAUUGAAAGCCCUAACAUUAAAUAAUGAAGCGAAGCAAACACAAGUAAAGAGAAUUCAAUCAAAUUUGGAUGGAGCGCAUAAACGUAUUGAAGAACUGCAAACGACAAUUAAAAUUAAGCAACGUUUUAUAGCGGAUAUGAUUAAGAAUUCUGAUACACGCGCUAAUGCGAAGCAAAAAUUCCAACGUAAACGAAGUAAAUUGGAAGAAGAAUAUUAUAAUAAGAGAACACAAUUAGUGCAGGCAGAAAAUGCAUCUAUGUACAGAGAACCUGAGGAGAAAUCGGUACACAAGAAGGAAAUCGAACUAAUGAAAAAUAUGGCGAUACACUACGAGAAACGAUUAAUGGAUAUAGACAAGAUAAAGCAAAUUGCGGGCGAUUCAGCGAAAAAAGUUUUGGAGCUUGAAGCGUCACUAAAUACUUCCAAGAAGCAGAUGGAUAAAUUGAAGCGGCAACUAAAACGGGAAGAAGAACGUAAAAAGCAAUUGGAAGAAGAACUUGCAAAGGAUCAACAGAAGAUUCGCGAGCUCGAGGAAAAAUACAACUUAACUGCUUCCAAGUUGAAGGAAAUGCAAUCGGAGAGUGAAGAUGAGAAACAUAAUACGAAAUCGAAGACUGAUUGCUCGGAUAAGAAGAAGAAUUUAUUAGAUGUAAGUGCGAGAAUAUCUCAUCUGGACCACGUUUUGAAAGAAAAAUCAAUGGAUUUGGAGAGAACCGCGGACACAGAUGAGAAAGAAGCGCUACGGCACGAGAUUAGAAAUUUGAGGCACACCCGGGACUGUUUGGUAGACGAGAAAUGUGAUUUGGAUGAAAAAUUCCAAAAGGAGAGAACCCUGACUACGGUCGAGGAACGUAAAUUGCUGGAAUGCGGCGAAACCAUCGAGGCUAUCGAUGCAAUGAUUGAGCACAAAAACGAAAUGAUCUGCGGACGAAAAGAUUUCGAUGAGAAUCAAUCUCAACGUGAGAAGGGCGAAAGGAUGCUAAUGGAACGCUUGAAAAAACUCUCUCACGGUGAAAUAAUAACGUUAUUUAUGAAGUACUUUCGCAAGGUAAUUGAUUUGAAGGAAAGUUCGAAAAAUCUAGAAGUUCAAAUAACGGAGCUGGAGACGCACAUCGCGAAUCAGGAUUGGCGGCUGAUGGAAGCCGAGAGACGAAUGGUCUUGAUGCAAAAACAGUACGAGGACAAGUUGCAUCAUGUGUUCAGGCACUUUGCGGAGGAGACGAGCAGCUCCGGUCACGAGAGAUUGGAUAAGGAUUCCGAACUCGCGAGGUGCAAGAAAGAGAACAGGGCUCUAAAGAAACGAUUGGCGGACGUCGAGGCUCUACUCAAAGGUACAACACCCCCACGUGUAGCUAGUCCCUGUAGAGCUUUACAGCAGGGAUUAAAACAAAUCGCGCCCAAUACUCGUUCGACAACUAAGGUAACGAGACAGCGGAAUAAGCUGAUAAUUCAAAAGACGACCGACUGCGAUAAAAGAAAAAAGUGAGUUUGUUAAGAAACGUUAAUUUCUUUUUUGUUGCGUAUUGGUAGAGAGUGAUUUGUUUAAAUCUUUUAUUAAAUAUACACUUUUUAUAAAUUCUAUAUUUCUACAUAAUAUCAUUCUCUUCAUAAGUAUUAAAAUCCGACAGACUGUAUAUAGAAUUAAGUUUCGCUUUUAAAUACGGAGAAAAAAAUAGUAAUCUCAUAAUUUAUAUGGAUUAUAUAACGUGUGAUAAGUUUUAGUCCUGAAGAGUGAUUAUAUAUAUAUAUAUAUACUUAUUCUGUAUUUUUGUAGGAUAUGUAUCGCUAUGUCCUAAGAACAUAUUAAUCUUAACACUUUGCGAGAUGUACCAAUACAUUAAUAUUGGUACGUUUGUGUUGAUAUUAGGUAGGUGUUAAUAUUAGAUAUUUGUUUAUACGCAAUUAAUUAGUUUAAUAAUUAUUACACUCGUUAAAAGAUAAAAUUCAUAUUCACAAAGCCGGAUUUACUAUGUACAUUUAGUUGCAUGCGAUUUACCCACGUUGCAUUAUUUAUUACACGGUAUAUGUAAUCGUAAUUCCAAGCUCGUAAUUAUUAAUAUUUAGGAAAACAAUAUCUAGGAAUCUCGUUUGCAAGCGUAUUUGCAUGCUGCUCAUAAUAUCGCGUUAUUAUUUUUAGCAACUAUAAAUAUUUAUCACGUUCACGAUAUAAUAAGAUACAGCAUGAUUGUUUCGUGACAAAAAAAUUUAGAUCUUUACACGUUUUGCGAAUAGCGAUGCUCAAUUAUAUACAUUAAAUGGUAGCAUUCGGCAUUCGAGAAUUAAUUUUGGCCAAAUAAUUUUUAAAUGCGGAUGCGAUACAGUCAGGAAAUUAUAUUGUUUUAGUUGGAAUUAGGCCGUUAAAAAUGUAGUUAUUGAAUAACAGUAAAUCUUACUAGGAUAUACCAGAAGAAUGGAUUCCUACAACAUCGUGGAUUCUGCCCAUUGAUUGUAUUUCCUAUUAACGCGACUAUUGAUACACAACACGCAUAAUAUCGAUGCAUCCCGAUUACAUUAGUAUUGUUCAUGUAUGUAUUCGAAAGAUACAUUCAAGAUGGACUCUACCGAUCUCCGUAUUAUUAGCUCUCGCACUGAAUUGUCUAUCAAAUUAUUUAUAUCACUUGUAAUGCAUUUAUCCAUAUGACGAAUUUUUCUUUUCUUUUAUGUAUUUGAAACGUUAAUUAUGCCACUUUUACAGAAAUUAUUCUAGUAUACAUAAUCUCUUCUGUCAAAAAUAUAUGUUUUAUUUAUAUUUUAUAAAUGAAGAGG